AUGAAAUAUUUUAUUUUAAUUUUUAUAUUACAACUAACCGCCACAACUUUUGCAGCUGAAAUUGCUGGCUAUUUUACAGAUCCAGACUUCCCUGGUGCCUGUGUCUAUGAUGAUAUGAUAAUAUGGCCAGAUGAUGUGGGGCAUUCAACAAGCGGCAAAUGUGAACGACUCUAUUGUCUGAAUGAGGAGGGUUAUGGGAAGCUGUUGAGUUGUGGUGUCCAAAAAGCUCCUGCUGGAUGUUGGUUGGGUAAUGUGAUUAAACCAGAAUCUAAUUAUCCGGAUUGUUGUAAAAGAGAAAUUGUUUGUCCGGAAAAGUGA